CGCCUGACAGUUCGGCUGCAGACAGCCUGUCAAACCCAGCGCAUAGGUCAUGUAGGCUCAACCGUUACGGGACUGAUCGAAUCGGGCGGUACCGAAGGAAUUAUUAUCCAGCACAACGAUACAGCAUUUGUUUCACCAUGGACUCAUUCAGACGGUUUCAGGAUGACGACUAUAAAAACUGGAUUAAAACGACCAUGGGUCUGAAUUGUCUUAAAACGCGACUAGGGGGAUUCCUGGAACACGAAACCGAAACGUACCACGAUCACCUCCGUAACAAAGUGAACGCAAACAAAGGCGAUCUAUGUACAACACAAUGUAACCUGAAGAAAUGGAUGCCCAGGCCAAAGCAGGUGAUUAAAAUAUGUUCCUCAAGUGUGUGAAGUGUGCGAGCCAUGGAGAGAUGAGAUCUGGGCCAACCAUUCAUUUAAAGGCGGACAGGUCUACUGGAAUAACUCCAAGCCGUACCUGUGGCCUACGAAGAAAUGGGAGGUAGCCAAGGUCUACAUGCCCCGUGGAAAUAUGGACCACACCGCUGUGGACCAAUUUGACAUCUCAGCCUUCCUCAAUCUCAUGACCCAAUGCAGCUACUUUGCCAAGUUUGUGAAGUCCAAAACUCUUAUCACACAGGUGACCAACGUGAGGAACCAGGUGAUGCACUCGGCUGACUUCCGGGUGGAGAAGAGGGAGUUAGAAUCUUACCUAGGGCGAAUCAAAGACCUGGGCCAGGCUCUGAAAACACACUACCCCAAAUUCAGUGAGCUGACAGAGGAGAUCGAACAGCUCCAGAAUACAGACUUCAGUUUUAUCAUGAGCUGUGUUGGGAAGAAGAUUGUACUUGCGGCAGAUAAGAUCCCAGAGAGCAUGCUGAAACUCCAGAACUUUCUGAGUCUGGAACAACAGAUACUGAAGGAAAAGUUGGAGUGUCUGUCCCAACGCUAUGAAGAGGACAGAGAGACAGCCCUUACUCUGGAGGAGUUGCAGUGUGUGAGGGUGUUUCUGGAGGGGAACAAUGACCUGCAGAAGAGCCUGGCGCCACAGUGGGAGAGACUGACAGAGGUGCAGGAAAGAGUGGACACACUCACCUUCAGAGUGGACACACUGGAGAUGAACACACGCACACACGAUCCUGAGUUCAGUACUGACAUCCUCAAAUAUAAGAACCAUCUGUAUGAGGAGGCCAGGAGGCAAGGGUGGCCUGAGCCUGUCUUCUCAGAGAUAAAGGAAGCCCUCGGUUACAGGGGUCGUGUGCAGGUGAGAGGGCAGACAUUUGAAGGUGUUCAGGUGUGCCCAAAGUCGAAGACAGCGCACCAGGAAGUGGCUAAACUGGCCCUGAGCCAGCUAGCCAAGGACUGUGCUAGCCUGAGUGAGCUAGCCAAUGACACAGAGGAGGGGGAGGCAUCAAGUAGCCAGACGGACCAACCACAAAGCCUCUCAUGCACAGGCCCCGUGUUCUUUGGUAGUGUCACUGUGGUCCUUAAAACUGACAUCACCUCUGGAGAGGGGCAUUCUGGAAUGACAGAGGCUGUUCAGUCUGCCUACAAGAAACUAGCUCUCCUGUUGGAUCUACCAGAAUCAGCUUCCUCCUAUAAGGAUGUGGUCCUGGAGCACUGUCAUACGCGGGAUGUCCCACCCCCAGAGGAGGCUGUCCAAUCGGAUGCAGAGGAGAAGACCUACCAAUGCACUCUUCGAUUCACUGGACCAAUCACCUUCUAUGUCCCAGAGGGUUCCAGCAAAAAGAAACAGGCAUGUCAGCAGGCAGCUAAAGUGGCCCUCCAGCGGCUGUCCGGGGUCCUCGGCAGUAAGGAAGUGAUGGGAGGGAACUACGUGAGCACCCUAAAAGAGCUGCUGGAGGCUCAGACCCCACAACUGGACAAGCCUGCGUAUGAUGUCACAGACAGAGGAAGGGGAGCGGGGGAGGUCACUGAGAGGGGGGAGUGGAGGAACGUGGAGGGCUGACAAGUGGGGGGGAUAGGCAAGAAGGAGAAAGGAGUGGGGUCAAGCGAAGAUGAGGGCUGCCCUCAACUCCCACCAGCUCCCAUGAUACAUAGCGUGCAGCCCCCCGAGAGUCAGGUGGUCCCAGUGUCACUCAU